AAAGACCAUCCAAACUUUGUAUCUGCCUCGCCGCCAUCCAAAGAUCUGCAAUGGGCAGGUAGAUGCACUGGAUUCAAAGCUAUACCCAGUACUAUUGACUGUUACACGGCCAACAAUAACAACGUCCGUAGACUCUGCCCAUGUAAAAACCCUUCAGGUGGGUGUUAGCUUUUGUUACUAUUUUAUCAUCAAAUCUCUCUUCUUUUCUUCGUGGUUAUCACCCUGCUUUUCCUCUCCCCCUCCUUUACCUUUAAUUCAUUUUUCUCAGUUUUAAAUCAGUCUUCAUUGUUAAGCAGUUAUUUUGAGAUUUUAGCCAAUUCUACAAGACAUAAAGGUCCACGUGUCGUUUCACCUUGACAGCAUUUGCUCCUCUCUCGCUCAUUUAUACGUGUUUUGUACAAGUAAACUGGAGAUGCAAGAUAUAACGGCCUGUUUUGUUUUCAAUAUUGCUGUAAAUAGGUACAUGAAUUUAACCCUUUCACUGCCGGAGUUCUUGAUAGAGUUUUGUAAGGUGACUCUAACUUUUGAGUCUGUGGACGAAAUCGUAUGAUGUGACCAUUCAAAUGAAAGCUCUCUGCCUGUACUUGCACAUGGUGCCAUUUAUUUUUCAAAAUUUCACAAAAUGAAAUUUGGAAAUUUGGUCGAAAUUUGCUUUUAACUAAAUUUGGCAGUGAAAGGGUUAAGAUUAUAUAGCAAAAACAUGUAGAUAAAAAAGGCGCCGAAUAAGUCAAUUCAGCAAAAAGGCAACCUGUUUCUUAGCAUGCUCGGAGUAAACGUCCAACUCAAGAAAUUUCUUGAAGAAGUGAUCAGUUCUAAUUUAUCAGUCACCUAUGCAGACAUGAACCGGGAGAUAUUCCAUUACUGAGCAAACUGGCCAUGGAGAUGAAGAUGUUUUUAAUGGCCUCAUCAUUUCCUUUCGGGGUCCAAGUAGCCUGCGUGGCAGUCAUCGGAAGGGGAAGGGGGAGGGAGGGAAUAACGGAAAAGAGGAAGUGCAAGAUUUCUUGUGAACGUUAUUGAUUGUUCUCUCGCCUUAUUCCUUUCUUGAUCCUGACAGGAACCAAGUCACCAACGCAGUCGACUCCAACACUGACUACGCAUAUCAUGAUCAUGAGAUAAAAUCUUCGACCUCAGGAGGAAAAGUAUCAUCUGCUCAAACCAGAGCUUCACAAGAGCAUUCAACUGGA